UGAGCCACAAAAGUCUUGAGUUCAUCGCUGGCUGUACUCGCCCACCACUCGUUAAAUGUCGUAAUCCAGAUACUGUUGGUAAAAAGUUGCAAGUUUCAACUUGCGGCGUUGCGCUGUUAUUCGAUUAAGUAACGCUUCAUUGUUUACUGCACAUACUCCACACAAUCCACAAUUCUCUUAAACUCCCCGACCUUAGUUACCAGGAUCCGUCAGCGUGGCAUAGUGUUGUCAAUAUUUGUGGGACCAGGACAUCACUUAAAAGUUCAAGCUACUUUUUUGUCCUCACAGAUCGCCCCAGAAACAACUUUUUUUCCUUCUUCGAAUCGAAUCAAAAAUUGACAGCUUUGAAUGGCCACAGCAGCAGAGGAGCCUCCUGGGCUACAGAGUCACACCGGCAUGUUUCUUCCUCUCUCUUCAGAUUCAGCUGGGCCUCGCAAAAAUGCUAGUCCAGAGGGUCCAAGCACAAGCAUGACUCAGGCCAUGAAAAAAACGAUUGGACACAGAGGGAUUGAUCCCACUGGAGAGACCACGUACAAGAAGACAACAUCAUCAGCUCUGAAAGGUGCCAUCCAGUUGGGCAUCACACACACCAUCGGCAGCCUGAGCCAAAAACCUGAGAGGGACGUUCUGCUACAUGACUUUGAAGUGGUGGAGAGUAUCUUCUUCCCCAGUGAGGGCAGCAACUUGACCCCAGCUCACCACUAUGGAGACUUCAGGUUUAAGACCUACGCCCCCAUCGCCUUUCGUUACUUCAGGGAGUUGUUUGGAAUCCGUCCUGAUGACUAUAUGUACUCUCUAUGCAAUGACCCUCUGAUUGAGCUGUCAAACUCUGGUGCCAGUGGAUCGCUCUUCUAUCUGUCAAGUGACGACGAGUACAUCAUCAAGACAGUGCAGCACAAAGAGGCGGAGUUUCUGCAGAAACUGCUGCCAGGGUACUUCAUGAACCUGAACCAGAACAGACGCACCUUACUACCAAAGUUUUAUGGACUCUACUGCGUCCAAGCUGCAGGCAAAAACAUCCGUAUCGUAGUCAUGAACAAUUUGCUGCCAAGUUCAGUGCGAAUGCAUCUCAAGUUUGACCUUAAGGGCUCCACGUACAAGAGGCGUGCCUCCGCCAAGGAGAGGGAUAAAGCUGUGCCCACAUUCAAGGACCUGGACUUUAUGCAAGACACGCCUGAAGGGCUGCUACUGGAGGGGGACAAAUACAGUGCUGUUUGUAAGACCAUUCAGAGAGACUGUCUGGUCUUGCAAAGUUUUAAAAUUAUGGACUACAGUCUUCUGGUGGGAAUCAACAAUGUAGACCAGGCUUGUCAAGAGCAGCGGUUUGAGGAGGCGGGGGCAGCAGGAGCAGACCAGAGGAGGCCACAAGUUCAAAAGUCUCUGUACAGCACCGCAUUAGAAGCCAUUCAAGGAGACACAGGAAGCAUGGGGUCGAUGGAUACAGAGGACAAAACUGGAGGAAUUCCAGCACGGAACUCCAAAGGCGAAAGACUACUGGUCUAUAUUGGGAUCAUUGACAUUUUGCAGUCCUACAGGUUGGCAAAGAAGCUGGAACACUCAUGGAAAUCUCUGGUUCACGAUGGGGACACAGUAUCGGUUCACAGACCGGGUUUUUACGCAGAUCGGUUUCAGAAGUUUAUGUGCAACACAGUCUUCAGAAAGAUCUCAGUCCGACAUUCACCGUCUAAGAAGCGUCGUGCAGUCACCCACGCUCCUCUGAGGAAACCAGCCGGAUCUGGUCCUCCUUAUUUCUCUCAAAUAAGCAGCAGCAGCAGCCAGUAUCCUGCUCUCCAACAUCAAAUCAGCACCGACACCAGAGAUGACUCUGAUGGAGAUUUGGUCCUGCCGUCCGGUCGUCCUGACCUGCUCCCUAAAGCCAUGCCCCCCAGCAACAAUUUUGUCGACACUGUGGACACUGUUCCCCCCUCCAACUUCAGAAAACCUGUAUUCUUCCCUGUGAGUCAACCUGUGGCUCACUCUCAGGACACACAAAAAACAGUGGUUGUGGAUGUAAACAAAAUGUUGAGUAAACACAUGGAGUACAGUGCGUCCAAGAGACCUCAGUUUGAGCCUUCUGAAGAAUUCUUUGCUGCUGAAGGAGCAACUGGGACAUAGUUUGCAAACAUGAGCAAAUAUUUGUACUUGUACUUGUUCCACAUUACUCAGUCAAUACUUUUUUUUAAUAAUACUUCAGACAACACCAGGUUUGUUGAUUCUGCUCCACAGGUACUAAAGCCUGAAGGAGGAUGAGCCUCAAAAGAACUCAUAACUGCCUUGGAUUUUAUGGCAUGGAUCAAUGUUACAAACCAAUUUCCUUAUUGCUAAGAGCUACAACUGUUACAUUGCCACAAGUCCAAAUCGGAUGUUUAACCUUUUUAAUGGUUGUUUUUUGCACUUUUAUAAUUCAAAUUUAAACAUUUACAGUGUUUGAAUCCAUCCAGUAGAAUAAUACAGUACGAUGUAUUGAUUAACAUGAGAACUUUGCCAUAUUUUUGAUCAUAUUUACCUGCCUAUUACCAAGCCUUCACUCUUUACCACAUCUGUGGUCAAAUGUGUCUUACACCUAAUGUGCCUUCUCUGAAACUUUACCCAAAGGGUGAUGUUGGUCUGAUGGCAAAGAAAUUGCACAGUGAACGAGGAACACAAUUUUAUAUCAAAAAAGUUUUAUAUUUUUCUGGAUAAACCCUCUAAGUGUAAACUAUGCUGGAAAGAGAUUUUAUUCUGAGUAUGUUGAUUCUAACAAACCUAAAACUGUGAAUCCUAAAAGUCACUACUCAUGUUUUUAAGGACUUUUCUAAUUAUUUUUUCAACGUGUACGAGAAUUUCUUAAAUACUAAUGCGACCAACAAACUGUUUGUGAGAGGACAAAAGUAAAAAAAAAAAAAAGAAAGAAGCUACACUAAUUAUGGAUCGAGCACAUUGGAUUCCACAAUCAUCGAGUUCUAUGUUUGAUAUGUUUUUAAAUGGAUUUCAGUGUUCAGCUACUCGCCUGUGGAGAUGGGAGGAACAAUAAAAGGGACUGUUCACCACUUGAACAGAUUUUAACCUUGAUUUUAAUUUUUAUACUGGUGUCUAGUGUUUAAUGCUCAUCUCUGCAGCUUUGGUGACCAGUAAAUAGUCAGAGAGGGGUAAAAACUGCUGCUUGCUCAUACAACUGUCACAGUCAAAGACUGUGGAUGGUGUUUGCUGGAGUAUAUUUAACCUUAAACCACAUAAAAUGCCCUGUGGUGGACUUUUCUGCAGUAUAACAAUACAUUAUCAUUAAUAUAAUGUCUUUAAGCUUUUGAAAGGGAGAGUUUACUUUUUAAAAAAACGUUUUUAUUUAGCAUGUGUUUCAACAAGAGUUUGUCUCCAUUUAUUUUCCACUAUUUGCUGUGGCCCACUGUUAAAGUAGAUUAAACUAUGCAUGUUACAUUCCACUCUAAUCUGUUUAUUUACACAUGAUGAUGACAACAUUUUUCCUACACUGGUUGGUUAUGAUGUACUCCUCUUCCUGCUUCUUGUAUUUAGGUGGUGCCUUUGUUUUUUCUAUACUGUAUGUGUAUAAUUUUUAUAUAUCACUGACUGUUUCUCGAUUUUCGCAACACUUCUUGAUAUUUUCACCUGCAAUUAAAGCAAUUAAAGUCACAGUUAAAUGGAA